AUGGUGCAGAAUGACGCCAGCUCAUUCGAAAUGAAACAGUCGAAUGGUUGCAAUACGAACGAAGCCGACUCGCAGAAACUGGUUUUGCAAUAUGCUCCACGCAUCAAUCUCUCAUUAGCUUCCACGCAUCGUCUACGUGAGGGCGGUAUGGCUCUACUCGCCUGUGCUGUUGACGCGAAACCGAUUGAUGAUAUACGGAUCUCGUGGUUCAAGAACGGGAACCUGCCUCUCCCACAGACCACAGACACUCUGGUCUUGGAAUCUCUCAAAAUGGAAGAUCAUCGAAGUGAAUACACCUGUCAAGCAUCGAACGCAAUCGGUACCAGUCAAGCAUCGCUGAAGAUGGAUGUAUCAUCGGAAGAAGAUGCCAUGGUUAGGGGAAGUUUUGGCGCGGUGCAGGGGAUCCUACACCGGCUCCGAUUAAUGGUCAACUUAUCCGUUUCAGGUUGA